AUGCUGAAUCUAACGUGUAAUUCGACGCUCGAGGAGAUGGGCAUAUCCGAAGUCAAGAUCGUCGGCCCUCUUGAUUUCCACGACCUCGCGCGAGUCAUCUCCGCCGGCUGCACUCUCAUUGCCGUGGUGCUCAGCUUGUACCUCGUCUUCAUGCACGCCUCGCACUACACCCAACCCAAAGAACAGCGACACAUCAUCCGUAUCCUCUUCAUGGUCCCCGUCUAUGCCAUUUCUUCCUACAUGCAGCUCGAAUGGUACCGUCACGCCACUUACUUCUCCGUCAUCUCUGACUGCUACGAGGCCUUUGCCAUCGCGUCCUUUUUCGGCCUGCUAUGUCACUACUGUGCGCCCGACCUGCACUCGCAAAAGGAGUUCUUUAGGAAUCUGCGGCCCAUCGCGCCUUGGGUCUUGCCAAUUAACUGGCUUGCCAAGUGCUGCGGCGGACAAAGAGGCCCGUGGCGCACUCCCAAGAGCGGUCUUACCUGGUUCAACAUUGUCUGGAUUGGCGUGUAUCAGUACUGCUUUAUCCGAGUCGCCAUGACCAUUACCGCCGUCUUGACACAGCAUUUUGGCCGUUACUGCGAGAGCUCAAACUCUCCCAUAUUUGCUCACAUCUGGACUCUUGCUAUCAAUGCGAUUUCCGUCACUAUUGCCAUGUACUGCCUCAUUCAGUUUUACAUCCAGCUGGCCAAACCCCUCGCUGGGCACAAACUUUUCAUCAAGGUCUUGGCCAUCAAGCUAGUCAUUUUCCUGUCCUUUUGGCAAUCGUUGGCCAUUUCCGUCGGCACGUCGACGCUCAAGAUUGUCCACCCGAACAAAGUUCUCGCCUACCCUGAUCUCAAAGUCGGUAUUCCAGCCAUGCUUCUCUGCAUCGAAAUGGCCAUCUUUUCCAUUCUGCACAUUUGGGCCUUCCCAUACCAGGUCUAUCGUCGCGGUGUUGGCGCAUCCUUUUACCCGUCUCCCGACGCAUCAAAGGGUACCGUUGGCCUGGAGAAGCCUUCUCUGCCCAACGCUGGGGGUUUCUUGGGUCUGCGUGCUCUGUGGGAUGCCCUGAACCUGUGGGAUCUCGUCAAGGCUUUUACACGAGGUAUGCGCUGGCUCAUGUGCGGCGUCAAGAGGCGGAAGGAAGAUAUCAGCUACAAGCUCGGUGCUCCCAUCGACGAAAACAACUUGAGCAUGAGCAAUCUCCACGAGCCCAAGCCUGGCCAGGGUUCAUACAACCACGCUUUCGACGACCCGACAACAACGGCAUAUCACGGCGUCGGUGGCGGAGUCAUGUCUCCAACCGGUGAGGAGAGAGUCGGCCUGAUUUACGAUGCGCAACCCAACCCGGAGUCGAUGGGCUCAUCGCCGCCGUCAGCCUACGGCCAGCAGCAUCUACAUCAACAGCCCUACGAAUACGACCCACCUCCGUACGGCGGCGCAUCGCGCACACAUUCGCCCUACAACCCCAACGCGUACAAUGAUCAGUCGCCCCCAUCACGUCCUCAGCGACCACCCGAGCCCUACCAAGGAGACUGGAGACAACAACCAUAG